AAGCCUCAGUCUGGGUUAGCUUCGCUUCAGCGGGAACCUGCCCACAGCGGAGGCCGGUUCUUUCCGGCUCGAACAGGUCCGGACCCUCCCCUCUGGCGGCUACGCAGUCUCGGAGGCUUGCUCCUAUAGUUCAGGGUCAGACAGCGAGCGGCGGCGGCUGCCACCAAGGGUUUGGAGUCAUGAGCAGGUUUAAUUUUGGAGGAACUUUACAGGUUUGGCUCCAGCAGCUGCUGUUGCCACCACCACUAGUUCAAGCACCAUGCAGUUUACCUCAAUAUCAAAUGCUUUGACCUCCACUGCUGCUAUUGGGCUCUCAUUUACAACUUCAACGACUACCACCACCACUUUCACCACCAACACUACUACCACAAUCACCAGUGGCUUUACUGUGAACCAAAACCAACUGUCAUCAAGAGGGUUUGAAAACCUUGUACCUUAUACUUCAACUGUUAGUGUAGUAGCAACUCCUUUGAUGACAUAUGGUCACCUGGAGGGUCUUAUAAAUGAGUGGAACCUUGAGCUGGAAGAUCAAGAGAAGUACUUUCUUCUCCAGGCCACUCAGGUCAAUGCUUGGGACCGUACAUUGAUUGAGAAUGGUGAGAUGAUUAGUAUUUUACAUGGAGAAGUGAACAAAGUGAAACUGGAUCAGAAAAGGUUGGAACAAGAAUUGGAUUUUAUCCUGUCAGAGCAGCAGGAACUAGAAUUUCUGUUGACUUAUUUAGAGGAGGCUACGAGCAACCAGAGUGAACUUCAUUAUCUGCAGGAUGCAGAUGAGGAGCGUGUGAAGACCUCUACCAGAUCUGCAGAAUUCUGAAUGCCCAUAUGGAGUCUCUGCAGUGGAUUGAUCGGAAUUCAGGCAUGCUGCGAAGGAAGGUAGAAGAGGUAACACAGAUUUUUGAGGAUCGUCUUCACAAGGAGCAUGCACGCGAUGUCAACACUGCUUUUCAUUGAAUGACCAUAUCUUCAGCAUGUCGUUUCUGGAUUAUUACCUACAAAUUCUGAUGUUAAAUAGAGUAGUAUUUAUACUUAAUAUUUCAUCUUGAUCGUAAAUGAAUUGUGCAUCCUUUUUUUUCAUUUAAAUAUUGUACUGUUGAGAAUUAUACCUUAGUUUUGUUUUUAGUAUUAGAAAAUUAAAAUUAUACUAACCCCUUUGUCCAGACAGCAGCCUCUUAGAUGUUGACCCUGUAUGUGUAAUUUAUAUCUUACUCUCCCUGGCAUCAGUACACAUCAUCCUUCUCACUCCAGUUGAAUCAUAGGGUGAUGUUUGCCAAAAGUACAUGCCAACAUAUAUAGUGCUAGAUACUGUAAAGUCUCUUCUUCUUAAAGGGACCUCCUCUCUAGUUUGAGAUAUAAUUAAUGCUUGUCUGUAUAAAAACAAUAUAGAUAAUAUAAAGAAGCACAGUAUGAGUUAUAGAAAGUGUGUUAUAGAGAUUCAGAGCAGGGAGGACAAGUUAGGGUAGAUUAUUAUUAAAAGGUUAAGGAAAGGUAAGUUUCAAGAAAUUCGGUUAUUUUUAAUGUAUGGCUAUACCGGCAUUUUAUUUGGUUUUAGCAUAUGAUUUAUAGUUGGUGAUUUCUGUGUAUUUGUUUGCUUUUUUUUUUUUUUUUAAUAAGCCUUCUUCUUAGGUUUGGAACAGUCUGUUCUCCUGUGUUUCAUGUUUCACCUAAGUCAUAAAUAAAGGUAAUGUCCUGAAAAAAAAAACAUGUAAUACUGAAGUUAACUAUUAAAAUUUUUAAGUGGAUAGA